CACUGACAAGGCUGCUUCCUGUCGUGCAAUCUGUAUUAUUUAUAAAUAUAUACGCGUUAUCCAGUUACUUAUGAGCUGCAUAAUAAAAUAAAACCAGUUCACAAAGCCUUAAUUUUAUUAGUUUGCGUCCAGCCAAGCCAAAAAAAUCACACUCUGCUCGCUUUGCAUAAAUAAAUCAGUCAAUACGCCCCCAAAAUCUGCAAAUAGAUCCACUUUCCUCGCUAACGUCAUUAUAAAACAAACAGUUUUCUGGUGUUAAAAUCCCAAAACUAAUCUAAUUAGGAAAAAUACAAAAAAUGUCGGAAACUUGUUGCUGCGGGUGCUGCACGGUGGGACAGGGGACACUUAUCAUUGGAAUUCUAAAUAUUAUCGGGGGCAUCCUCUCCAUUAUCCGGGAUUCCAUUGAGGUCAACAUCAUGGUCUACUAUCCCGACCAAAUCAAGGAGGCUGACUUUCAGCAAAAUCGCAGUCGCUACAUCACGGUCGAGUGCAUUGAGAUCUUCAUGGCGAUCGUGUACUUCAUCUUCGCAUGCCUCAUGGUGCAAGGGUAUCGCAUGCGAAACCACCGCCUCAUCAUGCCAUGGUUGAUCUGGAACUAUGUGUCCCUUUGCAUCGUUGCUGUCUCGAUUGUGAUCUUGUUCAUACUGCUCGCCGUCGCUGGAGCGGUCGCCGCGGGAUUUAUCAUGCUGGCGAUGGGCGGGAUUUUCCUCGCAGUGCAAACCUACUUUGUCUUCGUGGUGAAAAGAUUCGUCACCGAGUUGAAGGGAGGCGCCAUUUAUUAAAGUUUGGGACACGAUUCAAUUUUUGGAAAAAGGAAAAAAAUUUGCUUUUACUUAGAUGAAAAUAUGCCAAGUUUGCGUUCGUACAAAUCUGGUAAGCUAAUUAUUUGAUAGAAUAUCUGUAAUUGUAUAAAUAAUUAAGGAUUUCAGUCUUCAUAAGCCCUUUACCACGAAGAUCAGCUUACGAACCAGAAACAUGCCUUUUAUCUUAAAAAUAGUUAUUAACAAUUUCAUAUUAUUAGUACAUAAGAUGUCGAAUUAUCAGCAAAAAUCCGGUAUAAGCAGCAAUUUUCAUUUUUGACAGCAGUUAACUGAACGGCAAUAAAAAUAAAGAUGAAAUGCCUUAAAUUUUGUUUGGAUUGACUAAAUGAAAACUUGUACAUACAUAUAUUUUUUGGAUGUUUGUAAAUAAUAUGUGUAUGCAUAAAUAUUAUCAACUAAAUAACUGGACCAUUUUUUUAAAAAGCUGAUACAAGUAAUAAUUAUUAAGUAUGUAUUUAUUUAUGUAUGUGUUAAAAAUACGUAUGUUCCCAAGGAUUAAAAAGUUCAGUAUUUCCAUCGCUAGUAUUGCACAAAA